CCUCCCUCUCUCUCUCUCUCUCUCUCUCUUUUUCUCUCUCUCUCUCUCUCUCUUAUGUGGUCAAAAGGAGAGUCUUUCUCUCUCCCCCCUCCCUGACCAUAGGGAAAUCAUAGCAGCAAGAACGUCUUCUAUCUCUCAAGCCACCGUAGCUCAGAGAGAGAGAGAGGGAGGGAAAGGUAGAGGCGGAGGCCGUCAUUAUCAGCGGCGAGCGUCGAGCGGUGAUGCCGUUGCGACGGGCGACGCCGUGUUAGCGUCAUCCGAGGCGGUUGCGGAGAGGGAGAAUGGGGGAGACGGGGCCGGCGAUGGCCCCGCUGGCGGCGGCGGAGAGGAGCACUGCGGGGGAGGAGCGGUGGCGCCAGCUGGACAGCUCCGUGAACGCGGUGUCGUUAGGGUUCGUGGCCACCGCCAUCCUUAUCUCCAUGUUCCUCCUCAUGGCCAUCUUCGAGCGCUUCCUCCUCCGCAGCCCACCCGCCGCCAAUGCUGCUGCCGCAUCGUCGUCGUCCUCCUCCUCCUCCUCCUCAUUCUCCUUCUCCUUCCUCUCCUUCCGCCGGAGGCGUCGCCCGUCCCCGGACCUCGAGGCGCAGCGCCGGAGCUUCGCCGUCAAGCUCGAUUGCCCCUCCCCUGAGUGAGAGAGAGUACGACAGCAAUGCAUAUUCUAUUUGUUGUUGCAAGUGAUAACAUUUCUCGCAAAUGGCAGUAAUUGUGUUAAGAUACAUAAUUUCUCUAGUUUUACGGAAGAAGGAAGAAGACAGAUAUUUUUACUGUUUGUUUCCGCUCUAGUUAUUCCAAAUUUCUUUCGGCUACAUAGCGAUUGGCAGCCUUCAGCACCAAUGAAAGGACCCUUCGCUCAGAUUCUGUAAAAUCCUGUGAUUCCUACCAGUCGCAGCCUGGAGUCAAAUUUCAUUUAUUAUGAUUUGGGAGACAGUUGAAUGAAACUACUACUGUGUGGGGUCUCAUUCCAGUUAUUAUACUCUACUGUAGAAUGUAGUCUGUACUAUCUAAUAGCUUUUUAACUGCUCCAUGGAGAAUAAUAAGCUAUUGAGGUAUUUGUCAUGUAACAAGAAAGAAGGUAACAAGAGAGAAAGCAUCUGCUGUGUUGGGACAGGAAGAGUGGGCAAAAGAAAUUUGGAAAGAGGCUAACAGGACAUAAAUUUGGGUGUUGUGGAGUCGCGGUCUCAGGUCAAUCAUUUUGAUGGAUGUUGCUCUUGCAUGGUGUCCAUCUGUGCUGUUGGAUCAUUCUCAUGUUGAUGGCCUAUUCAACUUACACGUAAAUUGGCCCCUCGCAGGAUAGUUGAGCUGACUCAAAGGUUCGUCAGAAAACUAAAUUUGGAUCGUGUCCGUCAUUAACGAAUCUUAAUUUGUCCUAUUUGCAUGGAAUUAGCCAUCGUCAGGCAAGUUUGCCUGGGCAUUACUCAGGAGAGGGAAAUUGAGUUUCACUGUUUCUGGUGAAAGUAGGAUAGAUGGUGAAUACUAAGAUUCACCAUCCCCUUAAUUCGUCAUAAGAUGACUUCCUCCCGAGUUAGAGAGAAGUUACAGGGAAGUGGAAGCUAAUAAAAAA